AUGCUGGCCUCAGGACUCCUCCUGGUGGCUACAGUGGCCUUCCUCAGUGUGCUGGUCCUGAUGUCUGUCUGGAAACAGAGGAAGCUCUCAGGAAAGCUACCUCCGGGACCCACCCCACUGCCCUUCAUCGGGAACCUUCUUCAGCUGAACACAGAGCAAAUGUACAACUCUCUCAUGAAGGUGCCACAGCGCGUAGCCUUCAGCAGCGGGGAGCGAGCCAAACAGCUAAGGCGCUUCUCCAUCGUCACGCUGCGGGACUUCGGCGUGGGCAAGCGUGGCAUCGAGGAGCGCAUCCAAGAGGAGGCGGGCUUUCUCAUCGACUCAUUUAGGAGAACGAACGGUGCUUUCAUCGACCCCACCUACUAUCUGAGCCGAACAGUCUCCAAUGUCAUUAGCUCAAUCGUCUUCGGGGACCGCUUCGACUAUGAGGACAAAGAGUUCUUGUCACUGCUUAGAAUGAUGCUGGGAAGUUUCCAGUUCACAGCGACCUCUAUGGGGCAGCUCUACGAGAUGUUCUCUUCUGUGAUGAAAUACCUGCCAGGGCCCCAGCAACAGGCCUUUAAGGAGCUUCAGGGGCUGGAGGACUUCAUAACCAAGAAAGUGGAGCACAACCAGCGCACGUUGGAUCCCAAUUCCCCAAGGGACUUCAUCGACUCCUUCCUCAUCCGAAUGCUGGAGGAGAAGAAGAACCCCAAUACUGAGUUCUACAUGAAGAAUUUGGUGCUGACGACACUAAAUCUCUUCUUUGCUGGCACAGAGACCGUCAGCACCACCCUGCGCUAUGGCUUUCUGUUGCUCAUGAAGCACCCGGAUGUUGAGGCCAAGGUCCACGAGGAGAUUGAUCGGGUGAUUGGCAGGAACCGGCAGCCCAAGUAUGAGGACCGAAUGAAGAUGCCCUAUACAGAGGCUGUAAUCCACGAGAUCCAGAGAUUUGCAGACAUGAUCCCCAUGGGCCUAGCUCGCCGGGUCACUAAGGACACCAAGUUUCGAGAGUUCCUCCUCCCCAAGGGUACUGAAGUGUUUCCUAUGCUGGGCUCUGUGCUGAGAGACCCCAAGUUCUUCUCUAACCCCAAUGACUUCAACCCAAAGCACUUCCUAGAUGACAAUGGACAGUUUAAGAAGAGUGAUGCCUUUGUGCCCUUUUCCAUUGGAAAACGGUAUUGUUUCGGAGAAGGACUGGCUAGGAUGGAACUGUUUCUCUUCCUCACAAACAUCAUGCAGAACUUCCGCUUCAAAUCCCCACAGGCACCCCAGGACAUUGAUGUGUCUCCUAGACUUGUGGGCUUUGCCACGAUCCCACCAAACUACACUAUGAGUUUCUUGUCCCGUUGAGCCAGGGCUGUAUGAGGGUAAAGGGAAGGAUUGAGAUCAGACAAAUGGGGAGUUGAAACUUAGAAAGGGUGAGAGGUACAGAAGAAACAGAGGACACAAUGUAGAC